GAAAUAUAAAGUGCCUAAGUUCCGCGCAAAAGUAUAAUCAGUAGCUCCAGAUAGCCGACUGGCAGCGAACGGAUUGUUAUAGAGGCACUUGAUUGUUCUUAUAACAAUAGGCGGGGUGUGUGUAUUGGGGGUGGGUGGAGGUAGCGGUGGCAUAUCAGCAGUCAUUUAAUUAGCUGUUUCAGAUUCCGAUUGCUUUUUGGGGACUUUUGCUUACGUUAAAGCGCGCUUUCCACACCUCUGCCUCCGCCGUCGUUCUAAAGGGAAACUGUAGAAUCUGAUCUACGACUCUCUCCAACUUCAAGUAUUUCCCCCUCUGCCAGCGUGCCAGUUGUACGCCAGCGUCGACGCUUUGGUUAUCUCAUGCAGGGCAAUUUGUCAAGCCAAAUAACGGUCUGCGUGUCAGUUUCAGUUCCAUUUUUUGCAUCACGGAGAACAGAACAGAACACAGCAUGUCCAAGGGAUCGGUCCUACCACAGUAUAUAGCCGGUUUAUCGGCCAGCUUUGGCGCCAUGUGUAUGGGCGCCUCAAUCGGCUGGUCCGAAAUUUGUAAUUUCGAGUUCUUUAAGAGAUUUAAUAACUUAUUUCAGCUGUAAAUAAAGAAGCAUUAGUGUACAGCUUAUAAUUCUUUAACAUUGACAUGGCGUUUUCGCACAAAAUGUUCUUUGGACGCCAGUGACAGCUCUGCCAGUUCAAUAUUUCAAUUUUUGCAGCGCGUCUCGCCCAAUUUUCCGCAAAUAAAUUCCACCAGCAAAGCUAUCAACAAAUAUGCUGUCAGGCCACAAACCUUCUAUAUUGUACUUUUAGAAAAGUAAUAUUUGUUAAAGUGAGCGUGUGAGUGCUGGGACUCGAAUCUACGGAAGUCCUUUUCGUUUGUGCUGUGCUGUUGUUGUUUUGUUGCUUUGGCUACUGCUGUCGCCCUGUAUACGCCCUUUCGUAUAACAAUGGACAUGGAAUACGCCAACAUCAAUGAAUUUAAUGACCGCGACCUAGCGACACGCAUGCGCAACAGCAAUUAUGAAAAAUACAAGUCUCUGGUGCGCAUGCACCUCUCCUUCGAGCUGGAACUAAACACCGACGAGUUCGACAUGCCGUACCAUGAAAUCGUCUACGAAGAUAAGGGCAAGAUAAAGAAGUGGAAUCGCCUCUCCAAGAAGAAUCGCGGACCUGCCACAGGCUGCACGGCUGGGGCAGGCAGUAAAUCGGCGGGCAACAGUCCCACUGAAACGCUGCAGCAACAAAUUGAUGCAGGCUUUCUGAUGCACCUGGAGGAGCUCAAAGAGUUUCUUAUGCUGGAGAAGAAUCUCACCCAGGAGGGACUAUUUCGCAAGACAGGAGCCGUUUCCAGGCAGAGCGAGCUACGAAUGCACAUACAGCACGACCAGCCUUUGGAUUUGGAACUGACAGGAUUCUCGGCUCACGACUGUGCCACUGUUUUUAAGAGGCUUUCUGGCCGAGCUGCCAGAGCCUUUGCUUACAGACGCCCACUAUCCAGCACAUCUUCAGAUAGCGCCGCUUAGCCAGGCAUUAAUGGGGGGUCAGGUGGCGGCUACCGCAGAGCGCCAACAACAUCUUCUCAACUCGGUGCAGCUGCUCCUUCUCCUGCUCCCCGAAGAGCAUCGCGAGUUACUGCAGCACAUUAUUAAAAUGCUCCAUUCGGUGGCAGCGCGUGAGGAGAGCAACAAGAUGUCCGCGGAGAAUUUGGCCAUCUUGUUUACACCGCACCUGAUUUGCCCCAGGCAAAUGCCGCCUGAGGCGCUCCACUAUACGGCGAAGAAGAUGUCCAGCAUUGUGUCCUACAUGAUUCAGCAGGGUCUGGAAAUCUUCGAAGUUCCCGGAAAGCUAGCCACCGAUAUACGGGCGUACUUUCUUGAGCGCAAACGCAAAAAAAAC